AUGAAUUUACUGAAUUAUCAGUAUUUAGGACCUGCUCAUUUAAAAGGCCUUGAUGCAUAUAAGUAUAAUGCUGUUGAUACAUCACCUGUAUCUCUUUAUAUUAUGCAACCAUUUUGGAAUUGGUGUGUUGAGUUUUUUCCGCGUUGGUUUGCACCAAAUUUAAUGACAUUUCUUGGCUUUCUUCUUCUUGUUGUUAAUUUUAUCAUAUUUUCAUAUUAUGAUUUUCAUUUUACUGAAUCAAUUGCUCUUCCACAAUGGAUUUGGCUUGUCGCAGCCAUUUGUCAAUUUUGUUCACAUCAAUUAGAUGGUAUCGAUGGAAAACAAGCGCGACGUACGAAAAGUAGUAGUGCAUUAGGCGAACUAUUUGAUCAUGGUGUUGAUUCAUGGGCUACUUUCUUAUUUCCAGUUUGCAUUUUUUCUGUUAUAUCAAGAGACGAAUACGGGUUUAGUCCACUGUCUAUGCAUCUGUUACUUUUUUCUACUUAUAUUCCAUUUAUUGAUACACAUUGGGAAAAAUAUAAUACCAAAAUACUUUUUUUACCAUGGGCUUACGAUAUAUCGAUGCUGAUAAUGACAGUAGUUUAUCUAUUGGCAUUUUUCUUUACACCGAAUAUAUUUCGUUUUGAUGUUCCUAUACUAAAUGUACCAUUUGCACGAGUAGCAAAAUAUGGAUGGCCGUGUAAGUCAUAUCGCAAUGGUAAAGGCUACAAUCGAACAUUUUAUGAGGCACUACGACCAUUAAUAGCAACAACUAUUCUAUUUAUUUCUUCAACUUGGUGGGCACUUGCAUCACCUCACAUGGUAUUACAAAAACAACCACGUAUAUUUUUGGCAGCUGUCGGUACUACUUUUUCGAAUAUUGCUUGUCGUCUUAUUAUUGCUCAAAUGACAUCAACUCGAUCCGAUGGUAUUAAUACUCUUCUUUAUAUUUUUGUACCAAUACAAUUAAUGUCUACUUAUGGUGUAUUCACGGAAAAAACGGAAUUUCUUUUCUUAUUUCUAUACACUGCUAUUGUUAUUUUAGCACAUCUUCAUUAUGGUUGUUGUGUGGUUCGACAAAUAUGUGAUUAUCUGAAUAUAUCUGCUUUUAAAAUAACGGAUCGCUCAAAAGAUCCUCCACCAGCUACAGCCGAUAUUCAACAUUAA